CGUCACUUCCGCCAAAACAUAGGAGUACCAGCUGGUCACACAAUGUAGCCACGGCUUACACAACAAGGUGGUUAGAUAACAGUUCGAGAAGCAUAGGCAACAAGAGUUGGAGAAAUACUUAGUAAUUGUUUGCCUUCAGCUCAUCUGAAGAAGGUACAACCAUGCCCAGUACCUGUGUUACAUCAUGCACACCUGGUGCCACCUGUACUGCUGGUGUAUUUUUACUGGCUGUGUUCCUGACAGCCCCACAGCACGUGUCUAUGUCUAGUGGAAUGUUCCGUUCCAUCUCAAAGAAGUCCAUCCAUAGUGAUGCUAACCCCAAACAGCUGAACUAUGGCAUUGCUGUGUCAGAUGUGGAUGGAGAUGGAGAUUUUGAGUGGAUUGUGGCAGGCUUCAGCGGCCCCAACCUGGUGCUGAAGUGGAACAGUGCCACCAAGAAGCUAGAGAACCUCGCCACUGAUGAUCCCAACUCCAAGUUCUACCAUCUGCGGGACCCACAGGGACAAGCCAUUGGAGUCUGCGCCUGUGAUGUAGACGGGGACGGGGCAGAGGAAAUCUAUUUUCUCAAUACCAACGAUGCAUUUGCUGGGAAAUCAUCUUACGGCGACAAGUUGUUCAAGUACAGGAAUGGCAAGUAUGAAGACGUCCUCUCAGACAAGAUAAACGCAGAUGUGAGCCUGAACUACGCUGGGCGAUCAGUGGCCUGUGUGGACCGUGAAGGUACGGGGAGGUACGCCGUGUACGUGGCCAACUACGCCAGGGGAAGAAUCGGACCUCACCGUCUGAUUGAGUUAGACGAGGAGCAAAGUGAUGUCUCAAAAGGAAUCUUGAAGUUAAAGGAUGUGGCUAGCGAGGCAGGUGUUGCUAAGUUUACUGGGGGAAGAGGUGUUGUAGUGGGUCCCAUCCUCAGUAAUGCGUCUGAUGUCUUCUGUGUCAACGAGAAUGGAGGAAACUUUCUCUUUGUCAACCAGGGUGACGGGAUGUUCCAAGACCUGGCACAGCCAGCCGGAGUGUUGGACCCCAGGCAGCAUGGACGGGGCCUGGCCCUCGCAGACUUUAAUGGCGAUGAAAAAAUCGACAUUGUUUACGGCAACUGGUUGGGUCCUCACAGGCUUUACAUACAGCAGGGGGAGCCAGACAAUCCAGAGUUUCAGGACAUCGCAACUGAGGACUUUGCGAAACCAUCCCCUAUCCGGACUGUCCUAGCUGCAGACUUUGACAAUGAUGGGCACCUCGAGGUGUUUUUCAACAACAUUGUGUUAGACGAGGAAGAGGCCCCAAACAGACUAUUCAGGGUAAAGAGAAAGGAAGACGGAAGCCUCAGAGUCUCAGAAGUGGACAUUGGUGAUGCUCGGGAGCCGUACGGUUAUGGUACAGGUGGAUCUGUGGCUGAUGUAGAUGGAGAUGGUUCUUUAGAAGUUCUCCUGUCCCAUGGUGAGGACACUGCCCAGCCGUUAACACUGUAUAAGGUCCGGGCCUGGGUGGACCACAACUGGAUACGGGUCUUCCCCAGAACACAACAUGGCGGACCGGCGCGAGGCGCGAAGGUGGUGGUAGAGACGAGCGACGGCAAGCGACAGCUGAGGGUGAUUGACGGCGGCUCUGGCUACCUGUGCCAGAUGGAACCGGUCGCACACUUCGGACUCAGGCAGAGCACGGCCUGGAAGCUAGAGGUCACCUGGCCUGACGGGACCAGGUUUGCCAGAGGGGUCAAACCAGAGGAGAACAGAACAACAGUAACUGUGGAAUAUCCUACUGAUAGUGAUGCAGGGCAUAAAGAAGAACUGUAAUAGAUUCAAUUACUAGGGAGGAAAAAGUAUUUAUGGUUACAGUAUUUAUUCACUAGUGAUGUAAAUUAU